CUCCCUCCCCUGCCUCCCUCCCUCCCUCCCUCCCUCUGCCCUCCAUCGCCUGAGAUCCGCUUCUGCAGCUUUGUUUCUUGCUCUCUCUGUCUGGGCAUUGGGUCGCUCUUUGGUUUGAUAAGUUUAGCUGUAACUUCCUCGAGAAUCUCUCAGGCUCUCGGGGAAUCCGCGCGUCAACAAAGUCUCCCUUACCCCCCCGUAUAAUUUCAAUUUCGGAUUUUUUUUUUGCCAGAAAAUCUGCUGAUGAUAUCAAUGAUUAUUGCUUAAAAGGGCACUUCCCAAUCCGAAAAACACAAUCCGCUUCUGAAUCUUCUCUGCUUCCUUUUGGAUAAAGUUUGUUGGGGUCACAGAUCUGUUAGAUUUUCACCUGAUACACAUACCCAGUUUCCUUCAGCUACUGGAUCUGGUUGUUGGUGAAAGCCAAGCUCGAGGUCUGCCAAUCUCUGUCGACCCUUAAGCCGCCUUGCAUCAGCUCUUUUUGCCGGGUCUAAUCUAAUGUCGUCUGCUUCUUCGAACUCCGUCCUUCAACCCAAGGCCCAGAGCUCUGCUCUGCCUUCUUCGCUCAACAAGCCUUAUGUUACCCCUCAGCUGAAUGUGAACCUUCGGAGGAAGAGGGGAGGGAAAUGCUCUGUCUCGAAGAGGCCUGCUUCGCGCCUCGUGGACAAGCGGUUCUUUGGGUCGAAACUCAGGGGUGCUGAGAGGCUCCACUUGUGGCAAUCGGAGGGUCCCGGGCGGUCACCGAAGCUCCUCGUCGUUCAAAACACCCUUUCCGGAGUGCCGGAGAAGCCGCUUGGGCUCUACGACCCCAAGUUCGAUAAGGACUCAUGUGGGGUCGGGUUCGUCGCGGAGCUGUCAAGCGAAAGCAGCCGCAAGACGGUGACGGAUGCUUUGGAAAUGCUUGUUCGGAUGACGCACAGAGGCGCCUGCGGGUGCGAGGCUAACACCGGUGAUGGAGCCGGCAUCCUUGUUGCCCUGCCUCAUGAGUUUUACCAGGAAGUGGCCAGUGAGAACGGGUUUGAGCUACCCCCACCAAGGCAGUAUGCAGUCGGCAUGUUCUUUCUGCCCACGUCGGAGAGUCGGAGGCUCGAGAGCAAACAAGUUUUCUCAAAGGUUGCGAAGUCACUUGGGCACACAGUCCUUGGAUGGAGAUCUGUUCCUACCGACAACACAGGUCUGGGUAAGUCUGCUUUGCAGACAGAACCUGUCAUCGAACAAGUGUUUCUCACCCCGAGUCCCAGGUCCAAAGUUGACUUGGAAAGACAGAUGUACAUGCUCAGGAGGCUCUCAAUGGUUGCUAUUCGAGCGGCAUUGAACCUCCAGCAUGGCGGUGUUCGGGACUUCUACAUAUGUUCUCUUUCCUCGAGAACUGUUGUGUACAAGGGUCAGCUGAAGCCGGAUCAGUUGAAGGAGUACUAUUAUGCAGAUCUUGGGAAUGAAAGGUUUACGAGCUACAUGGCCCUGGUUCACUCUCGAUUCUCUACAAAUACAUUUCCCAGCUGGGAUCGUGCACAACCCAUGCGUGUCUUGGGCCACAAUGGGGAGAUUAAUACUCUCAGGGGCAACGUUAACUGGAUGAAAGCUCGUGAAGGUCUCCUGAAAUGUCAGGAGCUUGGUUUGUCAAAGAAUGAAUUGAAGAAGCUUCUACCUAUUGUCGAUGCCAGCAGUUCUGAUUCAGGAGCUUUUGAUGGUGUCCUUGAACUCCUGGUUCGAGCUGGUAGAAGCCUUCCUGAAGCAGUCAUGAUGAUGAUUCCUGAGGCUUGGCAAAAUGACAAGAACAUGGAUCCCAAGCGAAAAGACCUGUACGAGUACUUCUCCGCUCUCAUGGAGCCCUGGGAUGGUCCCGCUCUAAUAUCAUUUACGGAUGGUCGCUACCUCGGUGCUACAUUGGAUCGAAAUGGGCUUCGUCCUGGUCGGUUCUACAUAACCCACAGUGGAAGAGUUAUCAUGGCAAGUGAAGUCGGUGUUGUUGACAUCUCUCCCGAGGAUGUGGCUCGGAAGGGAAGGCUCAAUCCUGGCAUGAUGCUAUUGGUUGAUUUCGAGAAGCAUAUUGUCGUGGACGAUGAAGCCCUAAAACAGCAGUAUUCACAGGCGAGGCCCUACGGAGAGUGGCUUAAGAGGCAGAAGAUUGAACUCAAGGACAUAAUUGACUCCGUUCCUGUGUCUGAAAGGGUUGCUCCUUCCAUAGCUGGGGCGGUACAAGCGUCAAGUGACGAUGACAACAUGGAGAACAUGGGCAUUAAUGGUUUAUUGGCGCCACUGAAAGCCUUCGGUUACACCAUUGAAGCAUUGGAGAUGUUGUUGCUUCCCAUGGCGAAGGAUGGGACCGAGGCUCUUGGUUCAAUGGGAAAUGACACACCCUUAGCUGUCAUGUCAAACAGAGAAAAGCUCCCCUUCGAGUACUUCAAGCAAAUGUUUGCUCAAGUUACUAACCCUCCCAUUGAUCCUAUCCGGGAGAAGAUCGUGACUUCCAUGGAGUGCAUGAUUGGCCCUGAAGGUGAUUUGACUGAAACCACCGAGGAACAGUGCCACCGCCUCUCACUAAAAGGCCCCCUUCUGUCCAUCGACGAAAUAGAAGCUGUUAAGAAGAUGAAUUACAGAGGAUGGCGGAGCAAAGUUAUCGACAUAACUUACCCUAAGAGCCGUGGUAGGAAGGGACUGGAGGAAACCUUGGACAGGAUUUGUGCUGAAGCACACAAUGCCAUUAAGGAUGGCUAUACGACUCUUGUCCUUUCUGAUAGAGCAUUUUCACCCGAACGAGUUGCUGUGAGCUCCCUCUUAGCAGUCGGUGCUGUCCACCACCACUUAGUGAAAAAGCUCGAGCGAACUCAGGCUGCAGUCAUUAUAGAAUCUGCCGAGCCACGAGAAGUCCAUCAUUUCUGUACGCUCGUUGGGUUUGGUGCCGAUGCCAUUUGCCCGUACUUGGCAAUUGAGGCAGUUUGGAGAUUGCAGGUUGAUGGGAAGAUCCCACCAAAAUCAAACGGUGAAUUCCACUCUAAGGAUGAGCUCGUAAAGAAGUACUUUAAAGCAAGCAACUAUGGGAUGAUGAAGGUUCUAGCAAAGAUGGGAAUCUCAACCUUGGCCUCCUAUAAAGGCGCUCAGAUAUUUGAAGCUCUGGGUCUUUCAUCUGAAGUUAUUGAGAAGUGUUUUGCUGGAACUCCAAGCAGGGUUGAGGGAGCUACCUUUGAGAUGCUUGCUGGAGAUGCCCUUCACCUGCAUGAAAUGGCCUUUCCCAGGCGGAUCUUCCCUCCUGGGAGUGCUGAAGCUGUUGCCCUUCCAAACCCUGGGGAUUAUCACUGGAGGAAGAAUGGAGAGAUUCACCUGAAUGAUCCUCUUGCGAUUGCGAAGCUUCAGGAAGCUGCGAGGGGCAACAGUGUGGCAGCAUAUAAGGAGUACUCGAGGCGAAUUCAAGAGCUGAACAAGAGCUGCAACCUUCGCGGGAUUUUGAAAUUUAAGGAGGCAAAGGUGAAGGUUCCUUUGGAGGAAGUUGAACCUGCUGGUGAGAUUGUGAAACGAUUCUGCACUGGAGCUAUGAGCUAUGGGUCAAUAUCUCUCGAGGCCCACACAACUUUGGCUAUUGCUAUGAAUAAGCUUGGAGGGAAAUCCAACACAGGUGAGGGAGGCGAGCAACCUUCUCGAAUGGAGCCUCUUCCUGAUGGUUCAAGGAACCCAAAGAGGAGCGCAAUCAAGCAGGUUGCAAGUGGAAGAUUCGGCGUCUCGAGUUAUUAUCUCACCAAUGCCGACGAGCUACAGAUUAAAAUGGCCCAGGGUGCUAAACCUGGUGAAGGAGGUGAACUUCCAGGCCACAAGGUUAUUGGAGACAUUGCUGUCACUAGAAACUCCACUGCAGGUGUGGGGCUUAUAAGUCCACCUCCUCAUCACGAUAUCUACUCCAUUGAAGAUCUGGCCCAGUUAAUUCACGAUCUCAAGAAUGCCAAUCCUUCAGCCCGCAUUAGUGUCAAAUUAGUGUCUGAGGCCGGAGUUGGAGUAAUAGCAAGUGGAGUUGUGAAGGGCCAUGCUGAUCAUGUCCUGAUCUCAGGUCAUGAUGGUGGAACAGGAGCCUCUCGUUGGACUGGUAUUAAAAACGCAGGGCUUCCGUGGGAACUUGGAUUGGCUGAGACCCACCAAACCCUGGUUGCCAAUGACCUUCGUGGUCGGGCUGUCCUUCAAACCGAUGGGCAGCUGAAGACGGGCCGGGAUGUGGCCAUCGCAGCCCUUCUUGGGGCUGAGGAAUUCGGAUUUAGCACUGCCCCACUCAUCACUCUUGGAUGCAUCAUGAUGAGGAAGUGCCACAAGAACACCUGCCCUGUGGGGAUUGCAACACAGGAUCCCGUCCUCCGUGAGAAGUUCGCUGGUGAGCCUGAGCAUGUCAUCAACUUCUUCUUCAUGCUCGCAGAAGAGGUGCGAGAAAUCAUGUCUCAGCUUGGGUUUAGAACGAUGAAUGAGAUGGUUGGCCGAUCGGACAUGCUUGAGGUCGACAAGGAAGUAACCAAGAACAACGAGAAGCUUGAGAACAUUGACCUGUCCCUCCUCCUUAGACCUGCUGCCGAUAUUAGGCCCGACGCUGCACAGCAUUGUGUCCAGAAGCAGGAUCAUGGGCUGGAUAUGGCUUUGGACAAUGAGCUCAUUUCACUCUCAGGACCUGCUCUCGAGAAAAGCGUCCCUGUAUACAUUGAAAUGCCUAUUUGCAAUGUGAACAGAGCAGUCGGAACAAUGCUGAGUCACGAAGUUACGAGGCGUUACGGAAUGGCUGGGCUUCCUUCUGAUACAAUCCACGCGAAGUUCUGGGGAAGUGCUGGGCAGAGUCUCGGGGCUUUCCUUUGUCCGGGAAUCACCCUUGAGCUUGAAGGUGAUAGCAAUGACUAUGUUGGGAAAGGGCUUUCCGGUGGCAGGAUUGUAGUUUACCCUCCAAAGGUCAGCAAGUUUGACCCAAAAGAGAAUAUUGUGAUCGGAAAUGUGGCUCUAUAUGGGGCUACUAGUGGGGAGGCUUACUUCAAUGGGAUGGCUGCCGAGAGAUUCUGUGUCCGAAACUCAGGGGUAAAGGCAGUGGUGGAAGGCGUUGGAGAUCAUGGAUGUGAAUAUAUGACAGGUGGCACUGUGGUGGUGCUCGGGAAGACGGGACGUAACUUUGCUGCGGGAAUGAGUGGUGGCUUUGCAUACGUUCUUGAUGUGGAUGGGAAGUUCCAUUCUCGGUGCAAUCUGGAGCUUGUAGAUCUUGAUAAGGUUGAAGAGGAAGAGGAUAUUAUGACUCUGAGAAUGUUGAUUCAGCAACAUCAAAGGCACACGGGGAGCAAGCUAGCAAAAGAAGUGCUUGCUAACUUUGAUCUCCUUUUGCCAAAAUUCAUUAAGGUAUUCCCAAGAGACUACAAGCGUGUACUUGCAAACAUGAAGGCCCAAGAACUUGCCGAAAAGUCUGCAGAAAAUGAAAUUCCAGAAGAUGAGCAGCCAGAUGAGGCAGAAUUGAUGGAGAAAGAUGCAUUCGAGGAGCUCAAGAAGAUGGCAGCUAAAGAAAUUAACAAAACCAGUCAGAAGGUUGAAGCAGCUGCAUCAUCUGAGCGGUCUGUUGAGAGGCCUACUGAAGUUACUAGUGCUAAGAAACAUGGCGGUUUUAUGAAGUACGAGAGGAAGAGCGUUCAGUACAGGGACCCUAACAUUCGGGUCAACGACUGGAAGGAAGUUAUGGAGGAGACAAAGCCUGGGCCCCUUCUGAACACCCAAUCUGCUCGGUGCAUGGAUUGUGGAACUCCAUUUUGCCAUCAGGAAAACUCGGGAUGCCCUCUUGGGAACAAAAUUCCUGAGUUCAACGAGUUGGUCUACCAAAACAGGUGGCAAGAAGCAUUAGACCGGCUACUUGAGACAAACAACUUCCCAGAAUUUACUGGGCGGGUCUGCCCUGCACCUUGUGAAGGUUCCUGUGUCCUUGGCAUUAUUGAGAAUCCUGUGUCAAUAAAAAGCAUAGAGUGCGCCAUUAUUGACAAGGCCUUCGAGGAAGGCUGGAUGAAGCCACGACCUCCUCUUAAGAGGACAGGGAAAAGAGUGGCAAUAGUUGGAAGCGGGCCAUCGGGUUUGGCAGCUGCUGAUCAGCUCAACAGAAUGGGUCACCAUGUGACGGUGUACGAGCGGUCUGACAGAAUUGGGGGCCUCAUGAUGUACGGUGUUCCCAACAUGAAAGCUGACAAAGUCGAUGUGGUUCAGCGUCGUGUUAACUUAAUGGCUGAGGAAGGUGUUGACUUUGUGGUGAAUGCCAAUGUUGGGAAUGAUCCUUCCUACUCUCUUGAUCAGCUCAGAGAGGACAAUGAUGCCAUUGUCUUGGCAGUUGGGGCUACAAAACCUAGGGACCUCCCAGUACCAGGACGGGAAUUGUCAGGUGUUCAUUUCGCCAUGGAAUUCCUUCAUGCGAAUACCAAGAGCUUGCUCGACAGCAACCUAGAAGAUGGUAAAUACAUCUCUGCCAAGGGAAAGAAAGUUGUUGUCAUUGGAGGAGGUGACACUGGCACAGAUUGUAUUGGAACUUCUAUCAGGCACGGGUGCAGUAGGGUCGUAAACUUGGAGCUUCUUCCUCAGCCUCCAAUGACCAGGGCUCCUGGGAACCCCUGGCCGCAGUGGCCUCGUAUCUUCCGUGUGGACUAUGGGCACCAAGAGGCUGCCAACAAGUUUGGCAAGGACCCGAGAACAUAUGAGGUGUUGACUAAGCGGUUCAUCGGGGAUGAGAACGGGGCCGUUAAGGGGCUCGAGGUUGUUCGUGUUUGCUGGGAGAAGGAUGCCAGCGGAAAGUUCCAGUUCAAGGAGAUCGAAGGCUCUGAAGAAAUAAUUGAAGCCGAUCUAGUCUUGCUUGCAAUGGGGUUCUUAGGACCUGAAGCGACAAUAGCGGAGAAGUUGGGAAUGGAGCGAGAUGGAAGAUCGAACUUCAAGGCCGAGUAUGGUCGAUUUGCGACCAAUGUGGAUGGGGUCUUCGCGGCUGGUGACUGCAGAAGGGGUCAGUCUCUGGUGGUUUGGGCCAUCUCAGAGGGUAGGCAAGCUGCUGCACAGGUGGACAAGUACCUCACCCAAGACGAAGAGCAGCAGCUCAAGACAGGAGAGGAUAACCUGAACAAGAUGCAACAAGACUCGACAAAGAGCAACAAAUUCACAGUAGUAAGUUGAGGUGAUCCGCAUUCUUUUUUGUCUCGGGACGUGCUGUAAGGGGUGCGAAGCACGUUGGAGGGAGUAUGUAUAGCUCUGCAAAAGCCGAGUGGGAGAUUCUUGUGGACGUGUAGAGGGACAUCAAUUCGAUUCAUCAACUAGUCACAUGGGGGAGACAAUAGCAGGAGAAAGGACUUUCUGGGAUGCUUAUGGCGUUUUUUUUUUUUUUUUUAAUGAGUUAUGUUCAAUUAAAUCUUUCCUUUUGUUUGUGUUCGGUACCAGAUAGGCUGGUCAUUUGUUACAAGUGAAUAAUGUACAGUUUUUUUUUCCAGCCCGACUGGAAAUUAAUAUAAGGAAGAUUUUCAUUGUUA